CGCCGCUUCCUUCCUGGCCGGCCCAGGCAGGCGCCUCAGGCCCCGCUCCUUACUGAACCGCUAUCCGCUAAUUAUCAUCAUUCCCCGGCAAACACACAGCCUCCUCGGCCCGGUUUGUGGAGCUGCGGCCGGAAUGAGUGAACGAAACGGCAGGCAUCUUUAAAGAAGCCUGGGACUCGCUGUUCCUCGCGUUGGGGCUGGAGGAAGGUUGAGACUGAGGCGUAGCGGACGUGGUGAUGGUGUUAGACUCAGUUGAAGUCUUCAUGGAUCAGGUUGAGGGUGAAAGUGUUGGGAGCAGCAGGGACCUGAUGGAGCCAAACGUCCGAGCAGAUCCAACCAAAACCACAGGGACGCCCACACCUCCCGCCAAGAAGAGCAAUGAUGCCAAGAAAGAGAAGGUGUCCCAAAAUGGACUUCCGACCGAGACGAACAGCAGCCAGGCACAGAGGAGGCCAUCAUCAUCAUCAAAAGGCGGGGCUACUCCAAGACCGCUGCUCCGCCGCCCCCUCAGCCUGGAGAUGACACCCCAGCGGCUGAGAGGGUCUCAGGAGCAGAUGGCAGACAGGCGGAUGGUGCAGCCCCCUUGGCGCAGUGGUCCGGCCGCCCCCUCGCCCCCCACACGCAGCCUGACCAGCCCGAGCCUGGGCGCAGGAUGGAUGCGGCGCAGCGAGAGCACCUGCUCCGUCAACUACUCCCUCGGUCUACGAGCCAGCAGGGGGCAAAUGCGGCCUGCCACCUCCCUGCCACACAUACCUAAGGGGGUGGCCGGGAGGUCACUGCCCACAUCCUCCAGGCCCUGUCUGCUGGUGGCCCUCAGGCCUCUCAACCUGGAGCAGGAGAAGCAGACUUUCUUCCAGUCCGACUACAAGUACGAGCCUCAGUUUGAGUACGCCCAGCCGGAGCCGAGGAGCGUGUUGGACAAGUACCGAGAGGGAUCCGGCCUCUUCCUGGAACAGGCGGUUGGGAUCAUGGAGUGUGUCCUGAGGAAGUUUGGCUGCUAUGAGAACUUCGAGGUGGUGACAGGCGGCAGCAUCCUCCCUAAAAGUCAAGUCUGGGCUGCUGUUCGUAAAUAUCUGCAGAAAGAAGGCUGCGUGGGAGAGGUGGUUGUGCGUCUGUCCGACGAGCUGCUCUCUCAGGCGGUGAUGGUGGUGGAGAGCUGUCGCCCCACCCUGACCAUCAACCUGGCCGGAGCUCGGCAGUACUGGCUGGAGGGGAUGCUGAGACAUGAGAUCGGCACACACUACCUGCGUGGGGUGAACAACAACCUACAGCCGUGGUGCACCACUGAAGGCAGGAAGCAGUUCGGCCUCAAACCGGCCAAUCCCACAGAGGAGGGCCUGGCCAGCCUGCACAGCGUGUUGCUACGGAAACAGCCCUACCUGUGGCGUGCCGCCCUGCUGUACUACACCGUGUACCACGCCGCCAGCAUGAGCUUCAGCCGCCUCUUCAGCCACAUCGCCCGCUUCGUACAGGACCCCGACGUCCGCUGGGAGUACUGCCUGAGAGCCAAGAGGGGGCAGACGGACACCUCGGAGCCAGGUUGCUUCAGUAAAGAUCAGGUUUACCUGGAUGGGAUCCUUCGUAUCCUUAGGCAUCGAAGGAACAUUGACUUCAAGAUGUUGACUUCUUUAGGCAAGGUGUCUUUCGAAGACGUGGAGAGGCUGCGUCCCCUGGCUGUCCUCCCACGGACCAGAAUCCCUCACUUCAUGCGGGACCAGGAGCGCUACCUGCAACACCUGGAUCACAUCGUCUCCGUCAACGAACUGGACGAUUCAGCGCUUCAACACCUGCUACCCUGAGACCCCCCCCGCACCACCUGAAUCAAAGAAGAAGACGUGGAGGUAUAGAGACUAGAACACGUGGUGUGUUCGAUAUCACUAAAACAAAUCAGUAUUAUGCUUUAUUUGAGCAAAUUUUGUAAAAACUUGAAUGUUACGAACAAAAAGGGACAAACACACUAACACCUCUAUCUACAUUUUGUCCAAUUGCAUGUGCCCUCCUCGCCUUUACUCCUAUUAUGAAGUUACCUCAAUACUGCAACUCUACGAUGUAACCAACAUUAAAUAUGUAGACUCAUACAUAAUCACUGCACUCAGCGCCUGUACAGGACACCACUAACAUGUCAUGUACAGAUUUAAACAUAAUCACAUGCUUAUUUAUGCAAUUAUUUAAGUUUUUUACUUUUAAGAGAACACAAUGAAUGUCUCUGGUCUUAGCUUUAUACCUUUUUUAUUUUAUACAGCAUUGCUUUUAUGCCUUAGAUAUUGUGCAUUUUUAAAAAGACACCAAGGACGGACAUAUUAUAAAACCCUGGGGAUAUAUUUACUGAGACCAUGAAUCAUUAAGUUGUCAAGUGCCAGUGGACUUGGUGAAGUAUUUAAGCUUUCCCAGGGUGCUUUUUAAAAAUAUCAGUGUUAUUAAGAAGAAAAUCAGCUCUUACUGUCUAAGCAGUGUCCUUGGUGGUCUUUUCAUAUCAAUAAGCUACUGUGAUGUGACCCCGUCCCCGAGCUCCCCCUCUGCAGAAGCCAAACCUUCUCAUGCUAAAGUGAAGGAUAUUUGUUUUUACAGAAAUGUAGAUGAGAAGAUUAAUAUCAGUCUCAUGUAACUGCUAGCCUGGCUCUGUCCGAAAUAUAAAAACAACAAUUGACAGUUGGCCCUACACUGAGCAUUGAUUGAACAAUCAUAGCUUAGAAACUCAAAUGUAUCCAUUGAGGCUAGCUCCAUAGGGCUCGAAAGAGAUAGAUAUGUUGUUUGCAAAAUUGGUCUUACUCAAACCAAAAACAGAAGAACCAGGAGAAAGGAAAAGGUUAAAUAGUGUUUCUUUGCUCAAGCGUUAGCAUGCCUCCAAUCUCCAAAGCCAAGACGCAUAUCAUUAACUUAUCAUUUUUGUUUAUGUAGUUAAAGGCUACACUCAUGACCAAAACAUCCACUGUGCAGUCCUUUAUCACAGUGUUUAUGCUCAUUUUAGCGGCUCUGUCCCGCUCCUUAAUUUAGAGACAUUUACUUUUCAGAAGCGGUUCCAGAUGUUGCCAUUAACACAUCAGUUAGAACCUCAUGAUAGCCUUUUCCUGUGAAGAUAAAAUCAUGAUGUUUAGAAAUACAUUUGUGUGAGAAUGAGCGGUCAGAACCUACAGGUUUUCUAACACAAGGACUAGCUCGAUCUACUCUAGCUAGUAAAUGCUAAUUAUUGGCUUUAGCAUCAGUCUUUUAGCACGAUAUCAUGUGUACAUUCAAGUGCAUUUAAGAAACUUUACAUUAUUAUAUAUCUACAAUGAGUUAGCUAUUCAUAACUUUAUUUUAAUUAAUGGAGCUAAUGUUAGCGUAAUAAGCUAAUUACAGCCUGAUGUAUAAUACAAAACUUGUACUUUUCAGAACAAAAGCAAAGAGCUGGUUUUUUUCUGUACUUUUGUAUAAAAUCAUCAAUAACUCUGACGUUGAGGAAGGAGGGUUUAUCCCAGUCAAUUGGCAACCAGAAAUAUUGCUGCAAAUAACACUACAUAAAAAAUGGAAUUUAGAGCUACGCUAGCUGUUUUUAUUUAUGCUAAGCUAACCAGCUGUUGCUUCAUAUUUACUUUAACACCAGCCAUGUCGAUACUAGUGGUAUCAAUCUUCUCCUCUAGCUCUCUGCAAACUAAGCCAAUGAGUGAAUUUGCAGUAAUGUAUAACUUUUCUUUUACAUGUAAAAAAAGUGCCAAAGCGGCUAUUUAAAUUCACUGUCAGGCUUUUAGAGAAGCAGCCAUUCAUCAUGGUUCUUCACUCAGGCAUGAGUCACUGGCUGAGGGGAAAGCGGGGGUGUUGUGGGUGUGCCUUCGAUGGGUGUAGAGCUCAUCUGCUGUAGCUAGCUGUGUGGUUUUAGACUGCUUUUUAUUAUGCGUUUGACACUUGAAACUUCAGAUGUCAGUCAGGGCAUUCAGUUUGGGCCAAGCCGUCUUUGAGCUGAAAUAAAGCUGGGAUGUGGGCUAAACAGCAUUAGUAGUUCCAGUUUUUAACUCAAAAAUACAACUUGACAAAAUGUGAAUUCUACUCAUGUGAUGCAUUUGAAAUACUUUGGAUCCAAAGACCAUUGUGUAAUUGAACAAUUGAUUCUGCUGUGUUUACAAAUUCAGCCAUUGGGUAAGCAGAUGUACGUUUUAAAUUGGAGCAGGUGGUCGUAUGCUGACCUCAUCAAAUCAUUGCCCUGGAUUCGCCGAAACGAAUGCACCUAUUUGUAACGCACGAAUGUUGCACAAGUGUUUUAUGUUCUGGAAAACAUCUUGAAGUUCCAGUUUAUUUAUUAAAAAGUACACACAUUUAA